AUGGGGGGGACGCGCCAUCUGAGUCGCAGCCGCAGUAGGUCGCCGGUGCGAGCACGCGGAGGCCGUCACAGAAAUGAUCGUGACGAGCGGCGGGGUUACGGAUCGUGGAGGACCGGACGAAACGCCAGGAGCUAUAACAAUGCGAGAGGCAACAAGGGAGCUGUACUGGAGUUCUCAAACUCUCAGUCAUCGUUUUAUGGUGGCGGCGAGCAUUCACGUCGUCACGGAGGGGGGAGCAGAUUUGCGAACGGCGGCAGAAGUGGUGGGUCGGAAAUCAGCGGACGAGGAGAUUCUUUUGCUGAGACCAAGUCUGGAGGCGGGAGACUCCUGCUAUCCGAGGAAGAAGAACAGGAGCGGUUGAUGGCUGGACCAAUGAUGAAUUUCAAGCAGUUCGUCAUGACACGGCCAGACCACUGUACGCAAAAGCAGCUGUCCCAGGACUACGAGAUGUAUGUGGAGCAGUAUCGGGAACACCACGCCAAGUUGUUCUUCUCCAAUCAUGGCAAGAAGGCCUUUAUGAGAGAGCUGUACCACCCGAACCUUGUUCGGCGUCAGUACGAACUGCUCAAAUGCCGUGCAAAGAACGCGGCCAGAGUCUUUUUACAGAAGCUGCACAGAGGGUUCUUCUCCGACUUGUCGCUGGACGCAGACUACGCGGGUCUCCGGCAGUUCAUUGAGGACAGCCCAGGCAUCAGCAUUCGAGUGUUGGAGCGCCAGCGAUUUUCAUGCUUCUGUCGAUUUUACUUUUCAGAUGGCUCUCCGUUGUUGUGGGGAGACUGGCCGAGCCAACGGACCGUGGAAGUCCAGUCGACGGUGGUCGAGUUGGAGGACGAGAAUGGAGAUGAGGAGAUGAAUGACGAGGAAGGGAAACCAAAGUCGAGCUCACGCAGGACUGUGGCACAUCCGGAGCCGCCGUAUCUCCUCCUCCCAACAACAGGCUGCUUAGUGAUUCGCGAUGUGGAUGCAGCUAUUUCCAAGUUCGACAUUCACGACGAACUGGUUAAAAAAGGCGCCCUGUAUGUCGGAAUGGCGGAAGGGGCGAGCCCGGUAGAGCCUCGCACAGCCUUUGUGCUUUUCCCCGAUGAGGAGACGAAAAGGGCGGCCAUGGAAAGUAUUCGAGAUAUGACAAUCAAGGUCACGAAGCCGAUGAUCACAAUUACACUGAGCGGCGAUGAGCAAGAGACCUUCAAAGUGAUAUCUCUUACUCUAUCGGAGCCCUCUGAACCAAGCACCUGCGACGUCUCGGUCACGCCACCAGCGGCGUGCACGCCGAAACGGAUUCAAAAAGAUCUGGACAUUUCGAGAACUCUAAUCAUGCAGCUUGAUGAGCAGCUUGGAGUGUGGGACGGUGAGGAGAGGCACCCCCUUCUGUCUUCUCUUCCGGAUGACGUCGACGACAAACGGCGUUUGGACGUCCAGAUUACGUAUUUGCGCCAGGUCCACUCGCUGUGUUACUACAGCGGCGAGAUGUGCAAGGAUGCGGUCGAUCUGAACACGCGAUGCGGAGGCGGAUAUCUCCGCCCUCAGAUUCCACCCAGUUUGCAGCACUACUUGGAGACUGCCUCGACGGAUGACGAGGAAGUAGACAGUGGAGGGGAAGGCGAAGACGUUACCACGAAUGGGAGUAAAGGACGCAACAACAGCUACGGCGACAAAAGCGGCAGUAGAGCUAGACCCAGCAGCGGCACGGAGAACGACAGUGACGCCCCCCACGCGUUCGAACAGGACCAAAACAUGGAGGCAGAUGAGGACGUGGACGGAAGACAAGGGGCCGGGGCAAAACGCCGCUACAUCUCCAGGUCACAGCGGCGGUGGAUAAGGCAACUGGAUACGCGUCUCGAAGGUCUGCUGAGUACAGCCAAACAGUUGACCGCGCUCUUGCCAGCCGCUAUUGAUGAGGAUACUCCUGUGAUAAAUAUGAAGUGGACGGCUUUCUGCCAUGAGAAAGUCUUCGAGGACGACGAAAACAAGCAUCGCUGUCGGCUGUGUAACAAACCUUUCAAAGCGCCGGUUUUCGUCUUCAAGCAUCUUCGAAAGAAGCACGAAGAGGAGCUUGACCUCAUCAUAGAUAAGUAUGCCAGCAUCAUCAUGAAGGACCUGUACAUGAAGGAUCCAAACAAGCCUAUCGUGUUGCCCCGGGAAUCUUCCAGGGACAGCGUUGCGGAGGAGGGGCCACUCUACCAGCGAGCCUCCGAUUUUGCGACCCCAUGGGCCGCCGGCUCGCGGGCGCAUAGCUCCGGGGGGGUCUCCUCCGAUUCGGGCGCUUUGUCGACCGGUUACUCUGUCCCUGGCCCAUACGGCAUGGUGAUGGUGCCUGCGCACCUUGCAGCUGGCGGAGCACUGUACGCGGUUCCUGCUCCGGGUAGCGCUGGCCACACGGGAGGGAUGAUGAUGCCUCCUCCACCUCCUCCUCAGUAUUAUCCUGUCGGUGGAGGACCAAUGCCGGGGGCUCCAGCGUAUAGCAACCGAGGCACCCAUACCUCCCGCCGCCCCGACUGGGAUGCACCCGAACCCGUACCCGCCGGCAAGUUUGGGUCGCAGGCUGCGGGAGGUGGAUCACGCGCGUUGGCGAGUUACGAUGAUCUGUGA